AUGAAUCAAUCCACUCCUUCUCGGUUCGUCCGCUGCUGCCUUUCGCCUACUGCAGCCACAGGUGCCCAAUGGAGCAGCAGGCCUGUACCUCCUGGGGCUCAUCUGCAAUCUCACUCACUCAUCCUCCUCCCCUCGUCCCCUUGCUGCUGUGUGAACGGCAGAGCGACGAAUCGGCGACAGGUGGCCAUUCGCCAUUUCACGUCCGCCCUUGCACUGGACCCUUUCUUCUGGUCUGCAUACGAGGAGCUCUGCAUUCUUGGAGCGGAAGCAGAAGCAUCACAGGCGUUCAACGAAACUGCUGCCCUGCACAUGGAGCAGCAGCAGCAGAGGGUUCAACAGGAAGUGUCAGUCCAGCAGCAGCAGCAACAGCCACAGCAGUGUUCUCAGCCGCAGCAACAGCAGUCAGGCCAGGGGCCGGAGCAAGGGCAAGAGUGGGUAGCGCCACCGCAGCAGCAGCCGGCACAGCAAGGGUUGAAUCCAGCUUCAAACUAUGUCACGCCUCCUGAGGCAGUGGUGAGCACGUGGAGGGACACAGCCUCGCCUCGCACCCCAGCAGGGCCUGUGGCGCCGGCUGUGAGCGCCGCCACGCGCAUGGCACACCGCCGCAAGAUGGUGGAUGAGAACAGACUGCGCAAUGUGGCUGGUCGUCUGUUUGCUGAGCCCAGCACCUUACGCCGCAGCACGCGGCUAGCAGAGGGUGGAGCAGGUGGGGGCGCUGCUGCUGGUGCUGCUGCUGGAUCGGCUUCGGCAGCACGGGGAAGCACCGGGGUUGGAGGAGGAGGAGGGGGCGGAGGAGGAGGGACGAGUAGGGGCUCUGUGGCUCGUCGGACGACGGAUGGGUCUAGUCCAGCCCGCAAACCACUUCUGCAUUCUAUCCCAGCCAUGCCCUCUUUGGACCUGGGGAAUGACGCUGCACCUCCUUCCAGUGCUGCUGCAGCUGCUGCUGCUGCUGGUGGUGGCGGAGGAGGAGGCAGGGCGUCUACAGCAUCAGCUGACCUUCCCGGAGCAACGCCGCAGGAUUGGGAGCCGAAGCAAGUGGCCCGGGAAGAGGACAGGGAGGCUCGGCAGCGGAUACAGCCUGGGAGAGAAAAGGCGGGAGGGGGAAGCCAUGCCUCCAAUGGUGGGGCUUCGUCUGCUGAUAGUGCUGCAGGAGGGAUGGGGGGAGGGGGAGCAGGAGCAGGCGAGGAGGUGGAAGGGAGAGGCGCGUUGGGAAGAGGGAGCAGUGGCGCAGAGGGAGGGGGGAGAGAGGGGGAAGGAGGGGAUGAGGUUGAGAGUGGGCAAGGGGGGGCGAAGAGUGGCGGGGGAGUGGGGUAUGGGGAGGCAGGGGAGGAUGGGAGUGCUGGGGGAGGGGCAGGAAAGGGGGGGGAGAGUGGGGCGUUGCUAGCAGUGCGGCUGCUGAAGCAAGUGGGACGAGCGUUCCUGCUGCUCUGCAUGAUGCGAUGCCAGGAGGCAAUCGAGGCGUUUUCUGAGCUCCCUGCUGCUCAAUACAACACACACUGGGUGCUGGUUCAGGUGGGCCGAGCGUAUGUGGACAUGGUGCAGUAUGGGGAGGCGGAGAGGGUGUUUGAGAUGGCACGCCAGGCCAGCCCUUGCCAUGUGGACGGCCUUGAUAUCUACUCCACCGUGCUCUUUCACAUGCGCAAGGAUGUGCAGCUCAGUCUGUUGGCUCAGGAGGCGAUAGCAGUGGACCGCAUGGCUCCCCAGGCAUGGUGUGUGAGUGGCAACCUCAUGAGUCUCACCAAGCAGCACGAGGCAGCGCUCAAGUUCUUCCGAAGAGCCACGCAGCUGGACCCCUCCUUCACCUACGCCCACACCCUCUGCGGCCACGAGUAUGCAGCAAUGGAGGAGCUAGAGGAUGCUGCGCUCUGCUUCCGCACCGCCAUUCGCCUUGAUGCUCGCCAUUACAACGCAUGGUACGGCCUGGGGUCUGUGCUGAUGAGGCAGGAGCGUUUUCACCUGGCAGAGUACCACUUCCGUACAGCACUCACUGUCAACCCCCACUCGUCUGUGCUGCAUACCUACCUAGGCGUCUGCCUGCACUCGCUCAAGAGGAGCAGCGACGCCCACGCGUCACUGCAGCAUGCAAUGCGCCUGGACCCGCGCAACCCGCUGCCGGUGUUCCAGCACGCGUACAUGCUGCUGGGGGACGAGCGGCUGGGGGAUGCGCUGCACGCUGCCAAGCAGCUGCUGCACGUGGCUGCCAGAGAGCCCUCCGUCUACUUCCUCCUCGGCAAGAUUUGCAAGAAGUUGGACCGACCAGAGGAGGCCCUGAUGCACCUCAACUGUGCUCUGGACUUGAAGCCACCAGCACAGCAAGUCAACCUCAUUAAGGCCUUUAUAGAGAAACUUAAUGUGCCAGACAACCUGGAAGAUGUUGAGGAGGAGGAAAGUAUUUAA